GAAGAUUCUUCAGCUGCAGCUAAUCAAGCUCCAACAUACUUUGUACAGGACUAGUCAAUAAAGUACAGCAAAUUCAUGCAUUGGGGCGGGUUCGGUGCUCGAAACGAUGGGCAAUUUUGUCCAUUUACCGGAUUUUUCCAAUGAUGACUCCUCGUUGACUCUUCAUUAUUAUUCACAUCACCCAAUUCAUACCACCAAGCCGGCCAAAUGUCGAGAUCGAGUUGUGUACGUAGGUGAGAAAACGAUCCACUAGAAGGGAAUUUAACGGAGUCGGCUCUCUCUCGUGUUUCAUCGUGAGGCGAGAGGUUUCGCUGGCAAGUUUUCGACGGUUGAUCCGCCAGUGUCCGCUUACUUUUUUCGCUUUGCAGAGUCCUUUUUUUGGCUUGUGAAUUUCAUUUGCGGGAAUGUUGAUGAUAGGAACCACGUCAGGUGAAAAUGGGAACGUUUUCAAGCGUCCCCAUUCUUGUCGAAUGAAAUCCAAAGCCUUGUUUUCCGAUGUGAAAAGGAAACGAGAUGGAGUUGGACAUUAUUAAAAAUGGAAUUGUUGAGAAUUCUACCGCUUUUGUUUGGGUACUGGGCAGGCUCAAUCGUUGUGAAGUGGGCAUAUGAAUAUAUUUCGCCCGCAUAUCUUUCCUUUUCUUGUGCUUGCAGAUUGUUCAAGCUUCAUAUCUUCAUAUCUUCGAUAUCUUUUCAUAUCCAGGCGUGAGGAGUGUGUUCAUAGACCGUCAGUAUUAUUACAUAUUGAAGAGCUGCACGCACUACGCCUUUAUAUUCUUGCCUUUUUCCCUGCAUUCCCUUACCGAUACUCUUGUCCCCGCCCCCUCGGUUUAUUCUAGCUGCUGGACAGCUUGGUCAGUUGGUUCCUUUUGCCACUAUCACUAUCAACACCGCUUUUUGGUCUCGUACCUAUUUUUAACUUGGCGGAAAGGCGGAAAGGCAUUCAUGUCCUGUUGUAAUAUAUUCAACUGUCUGCCUUCCUCUUCCAAAGUUCUUCGAAAGUCGAGUGGUAAAGCGACGCUUUCCAAUUCUUCCGACAUGAGGAACGACGAUAAUUUGGCUUACGGUACGAUGGACACCGAUCAAGCUCAAACCGGUGCCGGUGCCAGUGCCAGUGCCAGUGAACGAACUGAGAGACCAAAGAAUGACAGGAGAAAAACAACCUACACUUUCCCCAUCAAAAUUAUGCCCUCACCAAAAUCAUCUACCACAGCCAGCGCCAAUCUUACUCCGGAAUUCACAGAAUUCGAAACCCAGGCUUACUACAACGAAUCUCUGGAUUACAACUACAUUUCUUCUCGAUUCGCCUUCUCCCUUGGUUUAAAGCCAGAUGCCGAUCGUGAAGCCAAACCACGCUCAAAAUCCGUAUCAAAACCAAAAAUCCCUUUUAAGCCAAAGCAUCUAGCAAGAUCUCAAACUGCACCAAUUGCUGAAAUUAAACCCCUUCAAAGAUCAAGGACAGAACCGCUUUCAAGAAGAAUUUUCUCGCCUUUAGCUAGAGAAAGUAUCUUAGAAGAUACACCACCCCCUUCUACAUCUACAGCUCCAGCUCUUCCACCCAGAAUCCCACCCCGAAGAACUUCCACCACUGCUACUCUCAUGCCUUCCAAUGCUCAAGCUCCUCCCAUUUUCUCACUCCUGGAGCCGACGCCAGAAGCAAUCGCAAGAUCGAAUUUAACUAGUCCGUUAUUUCCAGAUGCUAAUCUAAAUCCUUUUUCGCCAAGACCGGGGGCCACAUUUGGGGCAAUGGUGGUUGAUACGCCACCGAGAACACCACAAAGACCUCAAGUAUUGCAUACACAAACGGAGGGCAAUCCUAGUAUUUUCGAAGCACUAAAUUCACAUCCUGUGGUUCCAUCCAUCACAAAUCUUCCGACGAUUUUGACCGAAGAUCCGGAAGGGAUGUCAGAAGAGCCAGAAGGUGCAUCUUCUGAAACGGAACGCGAACGAGAUCUCGAAGGAAUGGGAACAGGUACUGGAAUUGGAAUGGGUUUUGGAAUUGGAGAAGAAAUCCGUGGUCGAGAGAUUUCAGAUCCAGAUUCCAUGACGGGUGAUCUAACACUUCAUUGGAAAUCUUCUCCUCUAUCACGUUAUACACAACGAACCGUUUUCUGGAUUGUUCCAAAUGCGAAAUUUGAUCUUGUUUUUGGACACGAUGAAACGGAUUUCAAUAUUCCCAUUCAAAACCCUCCAAAAUGGGGUUUGAGCAAUUGGGGAAUUGGACAGGGGAGAGGAAGAAGAGGAGAAAGAAAUCAAUUUCGAGAGGGGAUUAGAAGGGGAGUUCUUAAGCAAGUGGAGGAACAAAGUACCUUUUCAUUGCUGUAUAGUGCGACGAAUCUGAUGGAUGCAUGGUUAAGACCACCUUAUCAGAUUAAUGGGCGAGCAUCUUCCCAGCAUUCGGACUCGAAGCCGUUGCUUUCGAAUGGAGAUGAAAAUGGAGGCAUCCAUGAAAUAGCAUUUACGUUACCGGAGUUGGAAUAUCAACUCAGAAAUGAGUUGAAAUGCACGGAUGAACGGAGACGCAAACAUGAGGGGAAGAGAGCAGUUAACAUCUGGGAUGUUAGGGCUGGAAAGGCCGUUCUGGCCGAGCAGGCUAAGGGCGCUAGUGGAGAGAUUAGAAAGUUGGUGGGAGCUGUCGUGAAGGAUGUUAGGGAGAAUGGGGGAAAGAAAGUAGCGGAGAGUGGAAACAAGACUUUGGUUGGGAGAGCUCCUCGUGAGGAGCCGGAAGUGGAAGCUGCACAUGAUAAAUUUGUUCAUGUGGAGAAUCCCAUUCCCGCAACUCCUGCUCCCGCUGUCUCAAAUGAAGACAUUGUAAUUGUCAGCAAACCACAAGCAGAGUCUCCCCUCGCUACCUCUCCUCUCCUCCCUAUCGUCGCUCCCCUCCCCAACCCCCAAACCUUCGAACUCUCCCCCACUACCGCCAACGAAACCGCAAAUCAAAGCCCCAGCUCUUCUCUCCGUGCCGAAUUCACAGAUGCGCAAUUGCAAGCACAGAUACAAGCGCAAAUGGAACGCGAAAUGGAGCGUGAAGCGGAGCAGGAAAUGGAACGAGAAAUGCAGGCACAAAUUGAAGCUGAGAUGAACGCUCAAGCCCAAUCUCCAUCUUAUGAGGAGGUAAGAGAUGAAGUGAGAGAUUUGCCUCCGGCGCUCCCUCCUCGUCCUAAGAGAUUCGAAAGAUCUUCAACUUUUGAUUUUGGGUCUGUAGACAUAAAGGAUGAGCAGCCGAGACGUUUGGCCCGAUCUUCAACCUUUGAUUCUCCUGCUUCUUUCGCAGCUGUGAAGAAAUCAGAUCGUGAUAUCCAUGCUUCCAUCUCGGCGCUCCGUUCGGCUCAUGCGCACCAUAAUGACGAUGAUGAGGAUGAGGAAAAUGAAGCAAUGUCUGAAAUUAUGGUUUCGCGAAUUCCGGUUCGUGAGCUACUUUCAGAGGAGGAAAAGCCUGUGUUUAGUGUUCUCCCCGAUCGAAGUUUUGGGACUUUGAAAGAGAGGUUUGAGAAGAUGUGGGAGGGAGAGGAUGACAGUGUGCAUUUCGAGAGAAAGAUCUGGCGAGGGAAAUUCCGAGGUGUUUUGGGAGAGUUGUGUAGCGUUGUUGCGGAGAAGUGAGGAGUGAGGCGAUGAGAUGGGAGAUGGGAAAUUGGAGAACCGAGAAAUCGAAAAUCGAAAGAUAAGGGAAAGGGACUUUGAGACCUUCCUCGUGUGUGUUAUAUGAACACGAUUCUCUACUCGGUCUGGAAUGUUGUGCGGGGCGAGUGGAGAGGAAGGAUCCACUUUGACAGCGAAGCUAUGAGGUUGUGGAAUCGUGGUGCGGGGGGUGUGGCGCGGCUUGCCGGAUUUGGAUAGGAUAGGAUGGGAUGGCUUGGGAUGGGAUGGAGUUUCUUUCCUUUUUACUUUUGUUUCUUUGCCUGGACUGGCCUGCUCGUGGACUUGUGGUUGGGUUUGUUUUUUCGCUUUCGCUCGUUUUUGUUCUUCGCUCGUUUGUUUAUUGUUUGUUCGUCUGCACGGAUGGCAUGGCUUGGGUUUGCUGAGUAUAUAUAUAUCAUGGGAAUUGCGGGAUGGGUUGGAUGAGUGAAUGUUUGUGGCGUCUUUGGUUGUUUCUUUGGGAUGGGUUUGUGGAUUUGAGGGAGGAGGGAUGGGAUGGAUGAAUGGCUGUAUUUUCUUUGUUUGUUUGAUGGAAGUGAUGGGAUGGGAUGGGAUUGCGAUGAGAUAUGAGAUUGUUGUGAUGGUGUUGAUGAGACGAGAUUGAUGAGAUUGAUGAGAUAAUAUAUCUAUACCGAUACAGUAUACAGUAUAUAGUAUAUACGAGAAAUGAUAUACGAGAUUCGAUACCA